AUGCCUGAGUCACUUGCCAACACCUCUACCACAGACCAGGGACAGUCAACACAGUUGUAUGGUUCUGCUCUUGUUCGGAUCUUCAGCUAUGUUAUUCUCGCGCUCUUUCCGCUUAUCGCCCUGGCGAUCAGCAGAAUCUCGACGCCUAGCUUGGAUCCGAGGGAGCCACCACUCCUGAAGCCGACGAUACCUGUUGUGGGACACCUCGUCAACAUGCUCUACAAGGGCGGCAAGUACUAUCUAGAGAUGUACGAGUCUUCUCAGGGAAAGCUUUCGACAGCCACGCUCAGCAUCUUUGGCCAAAAGGUCUAUCUAAUUGCCUCUCCCUCUCUGGCACAGGCAGCUCUCCGCAACCGUCUUCUUUCCUUUGACCCUUUCGUCGUCCAGGCGAGCGAUGGCCUGGUCAGACUCAGCGCAAAGGCAAAAGAGCUUUUCGUGGACGGCACACUGCUCCAUGCCUUCUCCACGACGGUAUCAUCAGCAACUUCACCAGAACCCAUGCGACGUAUGACGGUCACGGCACUUGCGGCGUUUACUGAUGAUCUCAAUGCGCUAGCAGCCGGACCUGACCAUCAGCAAGAGAUCCAGCACUUGUAUCACUUUCUCAGAAAUCGGAUCGCCAUGGCCGCAACAGAUUCGCUUUACGGCAUAAAAACAAAUCCAUUUAGACAAGACCCUCGUCUGGUCGAUGAUAUCUGGACAUUUGAUGAUGCAUUGACCUAUCUUUUCCCUAACAUUAAGCCUGAAUGGAUAGCACCAGCUGGCAAUUCUGCUCGAGAGCGACUUCAACAUGUUCUCGUCAACUAUUACAAGCAAUUUCCCGACGAACCGUCAUUCCCACCAGAUGUCGCAGAGUUUACAAAGCUUCGGGCACGCAUCAUUCGCAACUCUGGCCUCAGCGACACUGACCUGGGCCGACUUGAGGUAGGCAUGGUGGUAGCCGCAACGACCAAUAGUGCCCCAAUGUUCUUUUGGUUUUUGAUCAGCGUCAUGUCUCGACCGCAUAUUCUCGCCAAAGUCAGAGAAGAGGUUAAGCCACUGGUGACCUUCGGAAAGAAAGAUAUCAGUGGGCCCAGUGGAGCUGCGAUAAAAGUAGUCGCAACUUUUCGUACCUCUCAGUUGACCGAUUCAACCAUCUGCCCCUACAUCACUGCGGCACAUCGUGAGACCUUGCGUCUCUUCGACUCUAAUACAGCAACACGGCACGUUCUAGACGACACGACACUUCCUGACGGAACUCUGCUCCGUGCUGGAGGCAUUUGUCAUAUUCCCGCCGGUGUUGGACACCGCAUCCCAGAAGCGUGGGGCGAAAGGGACCCAAAUGAGUUUGCGCCUGAACGAUGGCUCGAGCACCAAGUACGCAUAUCGGGGUCAAGCGGUAUCACGCAGAAGAUGGCCUUUUGGCCUUUUGGUGGCGGCAAACACCUGUGCCCUGGUCGCAACUUCGCCAUUAACGAGAACAUCACCCUUCUCGCGGCAUUGGUUACAGGAUUUGACUGCGAUGGUCUCGUUGUUCCUGAGUGCCCUAUCGCAAAUCUCACGGGUCAAAGUGUCCCACCGCCAAAGAAGCAAGUGAAGGCCACGUUCAAAAGACGAGAGGGUUGGGAACACGUCGUAUGGAAGCUGGAAUAUUAG